AUAAGAAACCUGUAUCGUGAUAAUACGAUAUGCGUAUAGAACACGUGCUUACAUAGAUAUUGUUGACUGUUGUCAGCUAUUAAAAAAUUGCCGGUUCUCGUAGUAUUAGUGUAUUGUGAAAUUCUUUUCAAAGCCAUGUUCCACUCAAAAAAGAAACCCGAUUUGGGUUUACAAAUCCAAAUACAGUUUCAAACGAAACAAGAAAAAUAUGCUGUGCCAGAUUUCCCAUUAGCGGUUGAUUCAAAAAUUCAAUGUGAAAAUUUAAACCAAAUUAUCAAUGAAUUGUUGAAAGAUAAAUUAUCUGAUGAUAAUGGAGUUGUUCAAAAAGUUGAUUUUGAUUUUUUGGUCGAUGGUGAAUUAUUACGUUCUCCUUUGGAUGUCCAUAUGUCACAAAAAAAUAUAUCAGGUGAAAGAAAUGUGGUCAUUGAGUAUAUGGAAGCUACUCCAUCACCCGAACCAAUGGAUUGUCUUAUACACGACGACUGGGUAUCUGCUAUACAUUCUAAAGAUUCUUGGAUUGUAACUGGGUGUUAUGAUAAUUCUAUUCAUAUAUGGACCAAUAAAGGAAAACAUAAUAUUGGUAUAUCUGGACAUACAGGUCCUGUAAAGGCUGUACAAUGGAUAUCAGUAUCAAAUGAUUCUGCAACAUUUGUUAGUGGUUCAGAUGAUCAGUCAAUUAGAGUUUGGGAUUGGGAUAUAAAAAAAGGAACGACUAACUGUCUACAAAUUGGCCGGGGGCAUGAAAGAUCAGUAGAAUGUAUAAGUGUAAGUCCAGAUUCAACCAGAUUUGCUACAGGUGGAUGGGAUACUAUGUUGAAAAUUUGGUCAUCAGAUCCAAAUUAUGAGCCAUCUGAUAAGCCUACUAAAAAACUCAAAUCAGAAACAAAAAUCAUGCCUCCAAUCAUGACAUUAAAAGGUCACAAGGAAAAUAUAUCAUCAGUUCAAUUUAUCAACAAUUCAGAUAUAUUGACGUCUUCUUGGGAUCAUACUAUAAAACAUUGGGAUGGAGAAAUUGGUGGAAUUAAAACUGAAAUUGUUGGUAACAAAUCAUUCUUUAAUCAUGAUUACUCUGAAUUGAAUGGAUCUGUAAUUACAUGUUCAUCUGAUCGACACAUCAGAUUAUAUGAUUUGAGAUCUAAAGAGGGAUCUUUAGUUAAGAGUACUUUUACAUCGCACAAACAGUGGGUGACCACUGUCAGAUGGUCCAAAGUGGAUGAAUAUCAGUUUGUGUCUGGUGGAUAUGAUAACCAGAUGAAACUGUGGGAUACAAGAAGUCCCAGAGUACCAUUGUUUGAACUAACUGGUCAUGAAGAAAAAGUAAUGUGCAGUGAUUGGUCAAAUCAAAAAUUAAUUCUAUCUGGAGGAGCCGAUAAUACUGUUAGAAUUUUUAAAAAUAAAAAUAUAACAAGAGAUUAGCUUAUUAACUUA